GAAAACCAGCCAGCACUCCAGACUUCGGAGGCAGAGGAGAAGGGUCGAGAGAAAGUUAAAAAAAAAUUUUGAUUCAAGUUGUUUCUCAAUUCUUGGUGAAACAACUCUCUGCGCCUUGAAGGAAGCAGUCGAAUCAUGAAAUUAAUUACCAUUCUUUUCCUCUGUUCCAGGCUGCUGUCAAGUUUAUGCCACGAACAUACCAUAAGAGAAAUUGACUGCGAUGACCAGGAUGCAUUUCUGGCUGUGGAUGCUGCUCUGAAGGCACAUAAUGACCAUCAAAAGAGUGGCAACCAGUUUGUACUGUACCGCAUAACUCAAGUCAACAAGACAAAUGAAGAAAGGCCAUUUUUUUUAAUCUUCAACUACGAAAUCAAAGAAGGCAACUGCCCUGUUCAAAAUGGCAAAACCUGGCAGGAUUGUGACUAUAAAGAAUCACCACCUACUGCUUCAGGAACAUGCACGGCCACUGUGAGAAAGGAACUCAAUGAUGAAUUCACAGUAUCUUCCCAGAACUGCCAGAUUAUUCCAGGGGAGGGCCCUAUGAAAACUCAUAAGUAUCAGUGCGUUGGCUGCAUGCACCCCAUAUCCACAGAGGACCCUGACCUGGAGCUGAUCCUGAAACACAACAUUCAACAUUUUAACAACCACAGUUCUUCCACCCACCUCUUCGCUCUUAAAAAAGUUCAAAGUGCCCAGAGACAGGUGGUGCAUGGAUGGAACUAUGACAUAGCUUACUUAAUUGAGCAAACUAAUUGUUCCAAGGAGAAUUUUCCAUUCCUAACUUCAGAGUGUCAACCCCUUUUGAAUGGUGCUUCUGGUGAGUGUAAAGAUAAUGCAUCCGUGAAUGUCGAUCUAAAAGUUGACCACAUCUCACAGAAAUGCCACCUUUUCCCAGAAGAGGAUCCUGUACCACCACCUAAGAGGAUGUGCGCUGGCUGCCCCAAAGAGAUACCUGUGGACAGUCCCGAGCUGGAGGAGGCUCUGAAUCAUUCUCUCAGGAUGCUUAAUGCAGAGAAUAAUGGGGAAUUCCUUUUCAAGAUUGCUGAAGUGCAAACAGCAAAAGUCCAGGUAGUUGCUGGAAUGAAGUAUAUUAUGACUUUCAUAGCCAAAGAAACCACAUGUUCUAAGGGAAGCAAUAUAGAGUUGAUCAAAAAUUGUGAGUUAAAUCAACCUGAGACUGCUCUACAUUGUAAUGCUGAAGUUGUUAUAGUACCUUGGGAGAAUAAAGUCUACCCUACUGUCAAUUGCAGCCCAGACAAAGUGGCUACACUGCUGAGAAGACCUCCAGGCUUUUCACCUUUCCGAUCGGUGGGUCCGAUAGAAAGACCAACUAGGCCACAAAAGUCUUGCGAGUAUAAGGGCCGACGGGAGGCGUCAGGAGCGACGGUAGCGCAGUAGCACCAACAACCCCUGUCAGAAACUGAGUAGACGGACAAGAAGCUGGCAUAGAAUUUCAGUAGAGAAGAAUGCCUUUUUACUGCUAUGCUGCUGAGUAAAACAAUAAAAUUCAGUCUC